AAAUUCAUAUUUGUAUCCUAAGUUCCUAACCUAAAUAGUUCGUAUAAUCGGUGAUAUAAUAUUAGUAAAAAAUGUCUAAUAGCAAUUUAUUCUUGAAAUCCGGCUUCGUAAGAGCACCACUUCAAAAUGGUGUCGGCCGUUAUGUUUGUCAGUUACAAAGGAUUGUGUUGAAGUUCUGCAAAAGUCAUGGAGGAAGUCGAGGACUACGAGAUUACAUAGAACAAGAUUUAGUCGACUUUGCAUCAAACAAUCCAAGUGUGGUUGUAUACUUAAAGCCACGCAGACAUCGGAGCCCUGUUGUAGUUGCUGAGUAUUUAAACGGUGACAGAGUAUGGAUGAGUAUGCAUAAUAAAACCCAUUCGGAAAUAACAAAAUGGAUCGAAGUAAUACGUACACAACAGGGUGAUGUCUCCGCAACUAGACUACGAAAGUAUCAGUACACCGAUUAUCCAUCAAUUCAAGGUCCAUGGACACCGUUCACAUAUAAAGAUCCUAAAUUAAAUAUAGUCGAGUUACCCAAUGCUGAAUUCGGUGCUAACAACAGAUUACCAAUGACGGCAACUGAACAAUUAAAGAUUAUGUUCGAGAAGAAACAAUUAGAGAUAAAACCAAUAGAUGAAUAGAUUCCUGUCUUCUUCUUAUGUUUGAGGUAUUUAUAAUACAUUGAAUAUCAUUUAGUGCUUUUAACCGAACUAGGAUUGUAAUAGACACAUCUCUACAUAUGUAUGUAAGUACUGCAUCAAAUCUUACCUUUGUGUUAUUUUAUUACGGAGUUAUAAAGUGGGUUUUAUUUAUGUUGAAUUAAAAUUCUAAAGAUAUGGAAAUUGCUUAAUUUUCUUAGCCUUUCAAAUACGUAGUUUUAACCCUUAGUAGCGUGAUUUACAUACGAAAGUGAUUUAUAUUUAAUAUUACUGUGUUUGCUUGAUAAAAUAAAACAAUAAUUUUUUAUUUUUUUAAUUCGGUUGGAAAGAAUAUUAAACAACAGUAAAAUAGGUACAGCCAACCUAUAAAACUAAUAGUAAUGUGAACAUUUGGUUUAAAAGAUUGGUAUCAAAAUUGAAACUCUAGGCUAAUAAGGGUUAACUUAGUACUUCCAUCUCUGUUAAUCUUUUUUAAACACACUUAAGGCACUUCACCUCCACAUCCUCCAAUAUAUUAAGUUCUCUGAUAUAAUAUUUAAACUUAAAUUUGUUUUUUGUUUUAAAAAUGUUCCCGUAAAUUACCACUGGUUUUAAGACUUAUAUUAUCUUUUUGAGUUAUUCGUAUUUUUGUUCUAAUAUUACGACUUCAAUUUAUAUUAUAUACUUAAGCCGUAGAAAUAUUCAAAUG